CAACAGCCAUACAAACUUGCCGAAAAAGUCGAAGAAACACAUGUGACUAGGAACACACCACUAUUUAAGCUGAAACAAAAUUUGUCACAGAUUUCUUCAUGGUUGUACGAUAGCUGUGCAGGCAGGUAACUGUUACAAUGGCAAGUUUGUCCGUGUUUAAGGAUAUAUUGAGCUGUUCUGUUUGUCUAGAUUUACUAAAGGAACCAGUGAGUCUACCAUGUGGACACAGUUUUUGUUUAAAGUGUAUUACUGAGUGUUGGGACCAAGAGGACCAUAAGGGUGUUUACAGCUGCCCACAGUGCAGAGAAACCUUCACAUCUAGACCAGCGCUUCACAGAAACGCAAUGCUGGUGGAAGUUGUCGAAAAGCUGAGGAAAACUGAACUCCAGUCUGAUGCUGAAACUCCUCGCUAUGCUGGACCAGCUGAUGUUGAGUGUGAUUUCUGCACUGGGAAAAAGUAUAAAGCCAUCAAGUCGUGUCUGACAUGUCUUGUGUCAUAUUGUGAAGUUCACAUCCAGCCUCACUAUGAAGUGCCUCGCCUAAGCAAGCACAAGCUGGUGAAUGUUAUUUCACAGCUUCAAGAGAAGAUCUGUUCUCAGCACGACAGGAUCAUUGAGGUGUUCUGUCGCACAGACCAGAAGCUCAUCUGUGUGCUCUGCUCAAUGGACAACCACAAGGGUCAUGACACUGUCUCAGCUGCAACAGAGCGGACUGACAAACAGAAAUGGUUGGUGCAAAGGAAGAGGUUUAGCGAGAACCAACUCCAGCAGAAAGAGAAGGAGCUGCAACAGGUCCAACAGACCCUACACACUCUACAGGUAUCUGCAACGAAGGCUGUUGAUGAAUAUGAGAAGAUCUUCACUGAGUUGAUCAAGUUCAUGGAGCAGAAACGCUCUGAGGUGACGGAGUCCAUCAGGGCCCAGGAGAGGAAAGAAGUGAGUCGAGCAGAAGGACUCCUGGAGCAGCUGGAGAUGGAGAUCGCUAAAUUGAAGAGCAGAGAUGCUGAGAUGGAGCAACUGCUACAGACUGAGGAUCAUAUUGAUUUCCUCAAGAGCUUUGAAUCCUGCUGCCCUGCUCCUGUGUCUGACACCUACAGCAUAGCUUUCACUCCAAAUUUAUCCUCAAACGACAGCAUCACACCCGCACUCAAGGAAAUUGAGAAGAUGUUGCUGAAGUUACGUCCAGAUCGCAAAGUUGCCCUGGUCUCCAAGUCUGGUGGCAGCACGGCUCCCUUUGCUAAGAGAGAGAUCUUGAAGGGGGACAGAGUGCGAUAUACGUCUUCUGCUAAAGUGCCAGCGUAUUUGGCAGGGCUGGGCGUCUCUCACAGUAGUGUGGGUGUGGUGAUAGGUGAAAACACGUUCUUCAGGGGCACGCUGGUUGUAAAGUUUCCUGAGUGCAGUGGCUGGGCCUACCGCUGUGAGCUGCAGCUGGCCAUGUGAUGCAUCCCAUGCUGUAAGGGUGCGACUCAAACUAAUACCUCAUGUCCUUUCUUUUUGCUUGUGGCCUUUUGCCUCAGCGUCACCCUGCCUGACGAGGAAAUAAUGAAGUUUCCCGCUGUCAGCUAAGGCAGAGCAACUUUUGAAGGGGCUUUUCACCAUUUAACAUCCCAAUUGGCAACGACAUAAUGACAUUUUGAAUUGAGUUUUUGCAAAAACUUUGAUGAUCAAUGGCGUCUUAGCAUCGCGAGGCCACAAGGAACAGGGAAGGAUGGGAGGGACUAGUUUGAUGCGUACCCUUGUCUUCAACAUGAGGAUGGUGGUUUUCUUAGGGCAGAGAAGUGACGUGAUUGUGGACAUGUCGAUGUAGGCAAACGACAUUUAAUAGUAAGAUGGGAUCUCAAGGCCUUUGUGAAUACACCAACCACUUUCUCACACAAUCAAGACUCUUUGGCAGUGCUAGUGGCCGCCAUAUCUCCAGUCUUCUGUGCACAUUUUAAUACCCCGCCCUCCCCACUCACACACACCUCAUUUCAAAAAGUUGCACUUCUUAAUUGAUCCCCCUGAUUUUUAUUGUUUGGAAAGUUAUUCCAUUUUGCUUUUGUUGAAUACCCAAUAAAGGACUUUUAGUUAA